CCAUCAAAAGAAUCGUUCGUGUUUUGUUUCUGUUUCAUUUUACAAACAACGAUGGAAGACGAGUUUGAUCAGAUAAUCAAUGUCGAGCAAGACACAUACGAAGAUGCAAAGAGUCAGGGUGUUGUAGAUGGACAGAAGCUUGGAUAUGUUGAGGGAUAUCAACUAGGCUUCCAACAAGGUACUGAACUCGGACAGGAGGUUGGCUACUAUCACAGCUGUGUUACAAUGUGGAACAACCUCAGAGGACUAGCAAGCUUGGAGAAACUUACAAAGAUGAUUGAACAGUAUCAAUUGGACUUUAAUGAUGAUGAUGUAAUGAAUACACUCGCUCAGAUUAGGCUCAAGUUCAAGUUAACAUCAGCUCAGCUUGGCUUACAGACAAGAGAGCAACAAGAGAUGUCCUUCUAG